GGAAGACACGCAUAGAAGGAACAUUGCUUCCAUUAUAUUAUUAUAUUUAUUCUAAAUAGUGCAUGACUAGCAAGGUCACACAACAGGAGGAAACCAUCGGUUCUAAACAAGAGGGAUACCAGCAUAUGAGGGUGACUGAAUUUAGUUUGAACGAGGGUCAAAUUGAUCUCAAAUGUGACUGUAGGAAAUUAAUCAACAAAUGGUUUCAGCAGUGUAACUUUCGUAGGUAUAAGUAUGUAUGGCCUAAACUUUGACAGUGACCACACUUCCAUGAAAUGAACGCUGUUACCACCUGUGUACAUAUCGUCUGACACACAUCUGUUACAAAAUUUGAACCUAUCUGUUACAUCAUGACGUCACAGUAGCUUUUACCGAGGAUUGAAUGAAAACUGCAUUUAUAUAGUUUUCAGGAGUCUACAAUGCGUCUACAAUAUGUCACCUACAUGAGAAUAUCUUAGCUGGAUAAGGGGUCGACAUGACGGAAAUUAUCCGGAAGGCAGUGAUCAACAAUGUUGUUGAAAAUUGGAUCGGUGUGUAGGCCAUAUUCAGCCGAUUUAGUGAGAAUUGAAAAUCAAUUCACUGCCAGUCAAAACUCGUAGUGGUCAAUACGAUUUAAUGGUUUAGCCUUUUAUCCUCUAAGCUGUUAGGACAGACAAAUACGUCAAGAAUACAUAAAUCUGGCGUUGCCAUGACAGUAUCAUAGGCAAUGGUACGUGAAAGCGCCUGACUAUCACAACUGCUUGUUGAUUCAUGCUGUGGAUAAACACACGAAAGAGUUUCAUAGCCAGGCUCUGGAAUUAUGAUCCAGGGACCAGUUGUUUAAAAGUGUAGUUAAAGUUAAGUCAGGUUUAAACCGACGUUUCUAGUCAAUAAUCGCGAGACCAGUUUCCAAAACAGCGUUAAACACAAUCCACGAAAGAACGAAGAAGGGAUAUAUUUCGUGAGAAAUUAGGACGGAAUCAGAAUGCCUGCGACAAGUAAAGAGGCUGUUCAGACUUUUGUUUUGUUCAUCGUCGUUUCUGCCUUGUCGUACUACCUCUGGGACAAUAUCCAAUUAACACAGACAAGACAAGUGUUUGUUCAUCCGCUGCCAUACCAGCUAUUGGCAGCAAAUUUCACAGGAAACAAGACGUUUAUAAUACUUGAUUACGUAGCCUACACGAUAAAAGGCAACGAAGACUAUUACAUCGGUAAUUGUUUGGUGACUCAAAAUAAAGCACUUGUCGACAAAGCUCAUGCGGUUGUGUUUGCGACGCGGAAACUGAGGAGUAAAUCGGCUAUGCCUAAAGUCCGUCAUCAGUGGCAGAGGUGGGUUUGGUUGCUGGACGAAAGUCCUUACCACCCAGUAGAUGGACAACCAUUUAAACUGACAGAUUUCAACUACGUGUACAACUGGACGAUGACCUACUCGAGUGAUUCGGACGUGUACUGUCCGUACGGUUGGACAAAGCGGAAGGAAGAACCGGAAGCGGAAAUACCUGAUCUUGGAAAAAGAGACGGUCUGAUCGCGGCGGUGAUCUCAAACUGCGGCUCGGCUUACGUUCACAAUCACAGAUUUGAAUACCUCAAGGAACUCAAUAACACGGCUAAAGUGACGUUAUACGGAAGGUGCGGGAAAGCCUGCAAAGGCUACGAGAACGGUCAACAAGGGUCUCCUUGCCCAGAAAUUAAGAACCAUCUGUUUUAUCUGUCUUUUGAGAAUUCGAACUGCAAAGAAUAUAUCUCGGAGAAGUUUUACGGUAAUGCCAUUUCCAUGGGAGCCGUGCCCAUUGUUAUGGGCGCCAGAAAGGAGGAUUACGCACGCGUAGGUCCCCCAAAUUCGUUUAUUCACGUCAAAGACUUCGCCAGUCCUAAACAUCUGGGCGACUAUAUUAAUUCAUUAUCCAAAAAUAGAACAGCCUAUAUGAAGUACCACGAGUGGCGAAAAGAGUAUGAAGUAGAUUACAGGGUACAGUUUAUUAGUAGAAAAGUGUGGCCCCCUCUUUGUGAUAAAUUGAAUGCUGACAAAGGGGAGGUAAACGUUGUGCGGAGUCUGGCAGACUUUUGGAAACUGUCAGAUUGCGAUGGUACAAAGUUUUGGUAAAUUCUACAGUAUUAAAUGAUUUCUGAACGCUGGAGUAGACAAAAGGGAACACAAAGCUUCGCGGGAGACAGAACGCUGAUGUAGACAGAAGGGAAAACAAAGCAUCGCGGGAGGCAGACAUAUACCUACUCGGACAACAGUAUCCACAUGGGCAACAGGCUUUUAGGCAACACAGCAAAAGACGCCUGGACAAUGACACACAUGAACACCUGAACAACAAGACGCUUGAAACUAACACACCUGAACGUCCACACAUUUGAACGGCGACACGCCUUAGAAAAACAACACUCCUGAGCGCUGACACACCUAGACGACGAUACGUCUGGACAUUGACACACCUGAACGACAACACGUCUGGAUAUUGACACACCUGAACGUCUGCUAUGACGAACUUAGCUGUGAUAAUGUGUGUAUAGUCUAUAAAACACGUCCGGACAUUGGCACACCUGAACGACGACACGUCUGGACAUUGACACACCUGAACGCCAGCUAUGACAAACUUAGAUGUGAUAAUGUGUGUAUAGUGUAUAAACAGGCAUUCCAGUUUUAUGCUCAAAUGUCAUAUAGUUUAAAGUACUUACCAUAUAUAGGCGCUAGAUAUUUGUUUACAGUUUGGUCUCUUUGUGUACAGUGUGGCUUCUUUGUAUACAGUUUGGCCUAUUUGUUUACAGUAUGGUUUCGUUGUAUACAGUUUCGUUCCUUGGAUACAUUUUCAUGGUAGGUAAAAGUUUAGGUAGUAUUGUGUCUUUCAUGAAACUGACCCAUGUUCUAUUUUUAUUAUUAUGGGAGACUGCAUUUAUUCUCCUCUUUGUCUGCUUCAGUAAUAGCUUAUUUCAGGUUUGCCUGCAAAAUUAUUUUUCAAAGAUCUCAAAGAAGUGUGGCUCCGAAAAAACAAAGAUUUCACGAAGACUCAGUAGAAAUAAAGGCCCUAAAUACUUGUCAUACUUGUCAGUAGAAUGACUACAUGGUCAUUGUAUACGCUACCCAAAACUGUCUAUGUCUGCAAGUAUUCGCGUUCCCACCGUUAUCGUUUAUCCUUUUCUACAGCAGUGCACUUUCGAUAGAAUUUGAAUCAAGUGGACAGGUUAUUUAAAAUACCAGUACUGAUGAAUUUUCAAAGCCAUUGAAGCCAAAGACAACACUAAAAUGAAGUAUGCAUCACAUGAAAGAUCAUUAAAAACUGUCCAGGGAAAUAUUUGGAUUUUAUUUUUUAGAAUUUUUCUAACCGAGUAAAAUUGAGUUAAAACACCAGAUUCUACGGUGGUCUGUUGUGACCCAGAGGGUAUCAGUGACGUCACAUCCAUUUUUUGGGCCGAAAUAUUUUCCUGCAACGUCAGAUCGGCGAAUGCAUGUAUAUAGAUCUAUAUGUUCGUGUCUUUCGAAUGGUGAAGUGUAGCAGUCGUAUGCGGUUAAGUUGCAAAAACCUUACUUGACGUCAUUGUUCCCAAUGUGGUCAGAAAAGGCCAAAGUACAAUAUACUACUAAUGUGCAUUUUAGUAGGUUGAACAAAUUAUAAAAAAAAAAAUAUAUCCAACUGUUUUUCUGAACAACAGUUUUUAAUGGUCUUUCAUCUCAUAUAUUUAAUAUUUUACCAAAGAUCAGUUCGGUGAUAUAUUGUCGCCCAUUUUCUUUUUCCAUCUUUGUAGAGUGCAAUAGUUUUAUUUAGAGAAAUCCAACAUUAUCAUGUCUUGCAUAUAUUUGAACGUUAUAAAUAUAUUUUACAACCAUCUUUUUUUUUUGGUUGACUUAGAUUUUAAGACUAUAUAUGUUAAAAAGGUAUGCUGUAUACAGUUAGUAGUACUCUUUAGCCUGAUUUUAUAGAGUUUAUAGAUGUGUGUACGUUAAGUGACUGAUUAGUAAACGGGAUAUGUUCGUGAUGUUGCAAUAGUACAUAAAUUUGAGUGCAGCCUUUGAUUUGCCUACUUCAAACUAUACAGCCAAUCAGCGUCGAUUCGGUUUUCCUGUAACAGCCAGAAAAUGCGUCACAACCUAAGGUCAUUUCCUCAGCCGUGCUUAACUUCUUAUUUAGACAAAGCGCAGACUAUCAAGCAAAGUUCAUAAAUCAAACUACAUGUACUUCCGUGGACAGUUUCUUAUAUAUUACUCUAUAAAGACGGUAGAGUUCAUGGAGUGAUGCUGUUGAGUGCAGACUUAGCUAAAUCAUACGAAACAUUGUGUAAAACUUUAGAAUCCCGUGGCUACAUUGCCAACCAAUCUGAAAUGCCGCGCUCAAUCAAAUGAGUUAUGACUGAAAUUCAUGUUAUAGUUUGGAUUCAUAUCAGCACUGAAAAAUUUCUCCCAUUGCUUCAUGUGGUGGCGUGGUAAGUAAAUGGUGAGGAGAAAAAAACAUGGGGGCCUCCGUGUGGUCGACAAUGGCGGAGUGGUUAGCGUACAAGCGCAUCAGAUGAACUCGGAAUCCUCUCAUCAUGGCUGUGAAUUCAAGCCCACCUCAUGCUGGCUUCCCCUCCUUUCGUUCGUGGGAAGGUCUUGCAGCAGCCUGCAGGUUGUCGUUAGUUUCCCCGUUUGCCUCCCACCAAAAUACUGCCCACCCGCGUGUAAAUUAAAUAAAUAAGAAGAGAUAAUCUUCCAUUUAGUGCUAAUCUGCUACCUGCUUGUUUGUAGACAUUACUGAGAGGUUUGCCUUGAUCUGCAUGGCCUCUGUCGGCAGCAAAUUUUGUAUGCGUUAUGGUCGUUCAUAGAGAAAUUGUUUUGGAAAACAGUGAACGCCGUUUAACCAGGUCGAAUUGUGUUUCCAUUGUCACAUUUUUGUUGUUGUUUUCACACAAAAAUAAAGCUUUUUACCGAAACAUUUUUGUG